GACAUGGGGUCAGCCCCCAGAAGCCAGCCCUCUUUGACAGCUUCCUCUUUGUCCAAGGCCUGCUUCUGUGCAGCUGUGAGUGGGCAACCAAAGGCUGCAGCUACAGCCCAGAGCUGGAGAUGGAGUCCCGGCUGGUCCUGCUGCUGUGGGUCUCAGCCCUGAGCUCUUCUUACUCCUUACCACCUUUUUCCCCUCCUUCUCUGAUGCCCCGAGUCAGAACCAGCUACAGUUUUGGAAGGACUUUCCUCGGUCUUGAUAAAUGCAAUGCCUGCAUCGGGACAUCUAUUUGUAAGAAGUUCUUUAAAGAAGAAAUAAGGUUUGACAACUGGCUGGCUCCCCAACUAGGACUGCCUCCUGACUACAUGCCUUUUUACCCUGCAAAUUACUCAGAUGAUUCCAAAACCUGGCGCCCUGUAGAGAUCUUGAGGUUGGUCAGCAAAUACCAAGAUGAGAUCUCAGACAGGAGAAUCUGUGCCUCUGCAUCAGCCCCAAAGACCUGCAGCAUUGAACGUGUCCUGCGGAAAACAGGGAGGUUCCAGAAGUGGCUGCAGGCCAAGCGCCUCACACCAGACCUGGUUCAGGACCUGCCCACUCCCCUCCUGCGUUGCCCAUCACAGCGACUCCUGGAUCGCGUGGUCCGGCGCUAUGCUGAGGUGGCUGAUGCUGGAAGCAUCUUCAUGGACCACUUCACCGACCGCGACAAGCUGCGUCUGCUGUACACGCUGGCUGUCAACACUCACCCCAUCCUCCUCCAGAUAUUCCCUGGGGCUGAAGGAUGGCCACUGCCCAAGUACCUGGGUGCCUGUGGCAGAUUUCUCAUCAGCACCAGCACCAGACCACUGCAGGAAUUCUACAGUGCUCCCCCAGACCAGGCAGCCGACCUUGCAUACCAGCUCCUUGGUGUCCUGGAGUCUCUGAGGAGCAACGAUUUGAACUAUUUCUUCUACUUCACCCAUGUUGACGCAGGCAUGUUUGGCAUCUUUAACAAUGGGCAUCUGUUCAUCCGGGAUGCCAGCGCACUGGGCGUCAUUGACAAGCAGGAAGGCAGUCAAGCAGCCACCAGGACAGAAAAGAACAAAGACAUUUUUAGCUGCCUCAUUUCUGGCUGCCAGGCCCAGCUGCCCUCCUGUGAUACUAUCCCUGAGAAGCAGAGUCUAGUACUGGUGUGUCAGCAGUUGCUACCUCGACUUCUCCAGAAGAGGUUUCCCUACCAGGUGCAAGAGGAGAUUGACUCUGCUCUCACUCAGUGUGGAGAGGCUGCCCGCCCAGACUCAGAAGUCUUUGGGGCCGCCAACCGGCUAAAGGACAUCCUCAGGCCCAUGAGAACCUGUGACCCCAGAUUUGCCUACCGCUACCCAGACUGCAAAUAUAAUGAUAAGUUCUGAGGGGCUAACGCCUGGCUGGCCUCAGAGAAACAACACACUUGGCCCUCCACUUCUCUGGCUGAGUUGCUGCAAGAUUGAAAGCAGUAGCUCCAUUUUAAACAUUAGGAGAAAUGC